AUGAAAAGGUGGGAGCCUGGGCAACACCAUUCAAGACAGAUUUCACAGUCCAGCUACCACCCUUAUUUCCACAAAACUCCCCCCACUCUGCAGGCAGAGCACAAGAUAGCAAGCAUGAUGGGAAGACCAGCUAGCAGUACAGAUUCAGAGUAUGAUGAUGAAACAAUUCACAAAGUAUUCUCCCAGGGCCUGCAGCAGAUGUCCACUGAAGGUGUUCACUGUGCUGCUUAUUACAAAGAAGUGGAACUUGAAUACCACCAUCAUCUCUCAAUGACUUUGGCUUGGGAGGCAGAGAAGCUCUCAAGGCUCAAACAUUUCCUCAAUGGUGAACAGCAAGUGCAGGAGGAUAAAACUACUCAAGCAUUUGAAGAGGCAGCACUCUUUACAUGUAUGGUGGUUGAUUGUGACUCAGAGCAUGCUUCCCAGGACAUUAAGUUCAUUACUGCUGUUCAAAAGAAUGAGGUAAAAAGGAUCACAAGGUUGAAUGCUGAACUUAAUGAGCUUGAUGUGUUUCUUCCCUUGGUCCUGCCAGCUUCAGAUUUCAACAAUGCUGAUACACACUCUAUCAGAGAUCCCCACUGCUCUGAUCACUCAUAUGUUGGAGACCCCCCCAAGGAUAGGCUGGUGAUGGUGUGGGAGUGA